UCACUGCAUAAAGUACAGGCAAUGGUAAUUAAUAGUAGCCAUUCACAAAACAGUUGUUGGGUAAUACCACAGAUGGCCUUGCAUUAGUAAGCUGAUUAACAUAUGUAAAAAACACCUUUGCCCCAAGCCACAGGAGAUGGAGUUGAACCUGUUGAGGAACAGUAACUCAGCUGUUCAUGUUGGAAUCUGCCUUUGAAGUCCCUUUGUUUGUGAAUGGCCACCCUAAGGUCAGCGACAGAGUGUCCUAACGUCCAAGUGAGCCGCCCUUGGAGAAUGGGAUGCUGCCAUAUUUCGGCUGUGCUUUGCAGUUUGGGGCCAAUCCUCUCCAUUUCCUUCGGGAAAGACAAAAGAAAUAUGGCCCCAUUUUCACUUGCCGAUUGGCUGGAAAAUAUGUUCAUUUUCUCACAGAUCCCUUUUCGUAUCAUGCAGUGAUGCAACAAGGAAGACAUCUGGAUUGGAAAAAGUUCCACUUUGCAACUUCUGCAAAGGUGUUUGGACAUGGGAGCAUUGACCCAAAAGAUGGAAACACCACUGAGAAUAUGCAACAGACCUUUACUCGAACCCUACAGGGUAAUGCCUUAACAUUUCUCAAUGAAGCUAUGAUGGAAAAUCUGCACUACGUCAUGGUGGAGUCAGUUGCACCAAAAACAAAUGAUUGGAUUACCAAUAAGCUUUAUGAAUUCUGCUGCCGUGUGAUGUUUGAAUCUGGGUUUUUAACCCUGUUUGGUUCAGAGUUUAACACAGGCCAUGACAAUAUCCUUUCUUCUAACCAAGAAGCCCAGAGAGCAAUUAUCCUCAAUGCUCUGAAGAACUUUAAGGAGUUUGACCAAAUUUUUCCAGCUCUUGUAGCUGGUCUGCCAAUCCACCUAUUCAAAAGUGCCCACAGUGCAAGAGAGAAGCUGGCUGAGGCAUUGCUCCACGAGAACCUUAAAAAAAGGGAGAACAUUUCUCAACUCAUUUCUCUCCGCAUGUUUUUAAACGAUACUCUCUCCACUUUUGAUGACAAGGAAAAAGCAAAGACCCAUCUUGCAAUCCUGUGGGCUUCACAAGCUAACACAAUACCUGCUACCUUUUGGAGCUCAUUCUAUCUUAUGAGGAACCCAGAAGCAAUGAAAGCAGCUACUAAAGAGAUGCAAAGGGUAUUAGAAAAUGCUGGUGAAAAGAUAGACUCAAGUAGGAAACCUGUUUCCCUGAAUCGAAAACAGCUGGAUGACAUGCCUGUAUUAGAUAGCAUUAUCAAGGAAGCAAUAAGGCUCUCGAGUGCAUCCAUGACAGUCAGAGUUGCAAAGGAAGAUUUCGUUUUGCAAUUAAGCAGCGGCUCCUACAAUAUCCGCAAAGAUGACGCCGUAGCUCUUUAUCCCCAGCUGUUGCAUUUUGAUCCAGAAAUCUAUUCUGAUCCCCUGACAUUCAAGUAUGACCGUUAUCUUGAAGAAAAUGGAGAAGAAAAGACCACUUUCUACCGCAAUGGUCGCAAAUUGAAAUAUUAUUAUAUGCCAUUUGGAACAGGACUUGCAAAAUGUCCUGGAAGAUUGUUUGCAGUUCAUGAAAUUAAGCAGUUUCUGACUUUGCUGCUUUCCUAUUUUGAAGUGGAGCUUGACGACAAGAAUGUCAGAUGCCCUUCUUUAGACCAAUCACGAGCAGGACUCGGUGUUUUGCAACCCACAAGUGAUGUUGAUUUCAAAUACAGAUUAAAACUUCUAUGAAUGUGUGGAACAAAAAUAUCUCUUUAUAUACAGUCCCCAAAGGGGUGAAAAGAUGCAUGCAAUGGUGCCAAUGCAAUGCAUUAAGAAUAAUGAACACUCAGAGAAACUGUCAAUGUUGCUUAAAAUGGUUUGUAUAGGAAACAUUUGCCUUUGUACAUCUGAUUUCAGGAUGCAAUUCUUGAGUUCUGAAAUAGUAAGAGACAGUCCAGUCCAUUAAGUGUACUGUUAGGUCUUCAGGGGAACUUUUGAAUCCAUAGUAGGAGUAAAUGGAGAGAAUAUAAUUGACCUUCUGUACCCCUGAGAGGCUUUCAAGUUGCUGGAGAGAGGGUUACUUCACCACUUUUUGUAGAACUCUCUUGCGUUAUGCUGCCUUUUACGCACUUGCAAACAAAGCUUGCAGACAAACAUUGGAUUAGGGGUUAGGAUUUAGGUCAUUGGAGUGGUUCGUACAACACACAAUGAUCUCUGGAAGAGUAUGGAACACUGAUGUAAACAAGGCCAGGGCUGCCUUUACACUUCUGUAUGUGGACAUUCAGAAUAGCUGAGCAUCAAAGUAUAAAUGCUUCAAAUAUAACAUUUUCCCAAACGAAAGUGUG